AUGGCAUUUCAGUUGCGCAGGCUUGAAAGUGAGGGGAGCUUCUACACUCGGCUGCUCUAUUAUGCGCAUCGAGCCGUCGAUAUCCCUGCCACGUGGUUUCGAGAGAAAAUAGUGGAACCGCUGAAUGAUAAAUAUCGUCUUCCGUACUAUCAUCGCAAGCUAAAUCGAGUUCCCGAAAUAGACGAAUGUGCUGUUGAUGAUUUGGCGUGCUUCUAUGAGGCCAACACACAAUUUCGACUCGAUAAGUUGAUUGAUCAGCAUAUUUUGGAUAUAUUACGUCUGCGUCUUUCGAGAUGCAUGGAUUACUACUCUCCAAAUUUUGUUCCCUGCGCGCAGCUGAUAGAGGAUGUCGAAGAAAGCGAACUGAACUUCUUCAUCAAAUACGGUGAACUGGGGCAAGAAGGCUGUGUUCGAGAUGCAUAUAUGAAGCAAAAGCACCGGAUGAUUUGGGAGAGGCGACAUCCGGAAAUUAUGCAAGCACGCGAAGAAGCAGUGAAAGAGCACAAAAGAAAAGUUGCCGAUGGUUACUUUGAUUACACAUUUUGGAAAAAAGGCUUCUGGCACACUGAUAAGAGUCGAAUGGAAAUGCCGAAUGUUGUGCAUCACAGCAAAGCGAGCAUUGAAUCCGAUAAGCCAAUAUCAUUCGAUUGGGAAUUCUACAAGAAAGCCAAGGAAGAUCCAGAGUUUUUGAAAGAGGAACAGAAGAAACACAGCAAGACAACACUGUUUGGACCAUGGUGA